AACUUAGUCCCAUUGCCUACUUUUCAUAGUAAUUGGAUUUUUUGAGUCGGGAUUCCCACCAAACUUAUUUCAAUGGCCGAGAUUGUGGUAGUUUUCGAUUUCGACAAGACGAUCAUCGACUGCGAUAGCGAUAAUUGGGUGAUUGACGAUAUGGGUGCAACCCAGCUCUUCGAAGAGCUUCUUCCUACCAUCCCAUGGAAUUCUCUGAUGGAUAGAAUGAUGCGAGAGCUUCACUCUCAAGGAAAGACUAUUGAAGAAAUUGCAGAUUGUUUGAAAAGGGCUCCUCUAUACCCACAGAUUAUCACAGCCAUCAAAUCAGCUUAUGCUCUUGGGUGUGAUUUGAGGAUAGUGAGCGACGCCAAUCUCUUCUUCAUUGAGACAAUCCUCAAACACCAUGGGCUGAUCCAUUACUUCUCGGAAAUCAACACAAACCCAAGUUUUGUAGAUGAAGAUGGGAAGCUUAGGAUCUUCCCUUACCAUGAUUUCACCUCUUCUCCUCAUGGCUGCACCUGCAGCCACUGCCCCCCAAACAUGUGCAAGGGUCUUAUCAUGGAGCGAAUUCGUGCAUCUGUGCUCAAGGACGGGAAGAAGCGGUUCAUCUACCUGGGCGAUGGAAAGGGUGAUUUCUGCCCCUCUUUGAAGCUAGGAGAAAGAGACCAUGUGAUGCCGAGGAGGAACUACCCCUUGUGGGAUCUCAUUUGUGAUAAUCCAUUGCUUCUCGAGGCAGAGAUCCAUGAAUGGGGCAAUGCAGAAGAGCUUGAGAGAGUUCUACUUCAUCUCAUAAAUGAAAUCUCUUCUGUUGAAGACACCAACAACAACAUCAACUCUUCUCAGUUGCUUUCAAUUGAUUGCAAGUUCAAGACAAUUCCAGUCUCUUCACAUGAAGUUCUUCCACGGCCUCUCCCAAUGCCUCACUAACCAUGCAUAUGACCCUUCUAACAGUUUUUUUUUAAAAAAAUUAAACUUUGGCAAAUGGCUAUAAAAUAAAUGCCUGAUUUUAUUUUCUUUUUCUUUUUUCAUUUAAACAGUGGCAAGCAAGCUACUUGAUAUGUAUGUGUCCUUUAAAUGGGAUGUCGAAAGAGUAUUAUGUAUCUCACUUCCCUUCCAUGGA